AUGGAAUCAUUCAGCACCAAGCCCUUGCCCUUGCCUGUGCACCUGCACACUACCCACAACCAUGCGCCUGCGACGCUGAAGAUGGCGAUCGUGCCUGAGGUCAAAACAUACUCGAUUUUCGCCACCGACUCGACUUUCCUCUCUCAUCAUCAGCAACCGCAAGAACUCGAGCUCGAGCUCGAGCUCGAGCACAAGCACAAGGACAAGCACGAGCAAAGCAUCUACGAUCCCUCCCCAUCCAUCAUCUCCUCUCCGCCUCGUCAUCUUUCCGCCUCAGCAGGCCCCCAUUCUUCUUCGUCUGCCGCUGCGCUGCGAAAGUCGUCCGACGUAACAUUACUUCCAGCUGCUGCUGCUGCUGCUGCUGCUGCUGCUGCUGCGCCUGCCACACGCGCACCAACUCCUCCUCCAGCGACAAGCUCAUCGAGCCGCUUCUGCUCCUCCUCCGACGGCGACGACGAGGUCAAUGCCACCACCGUCGCGGACACGGAUCCGCACAAAACCACGGCGCUUUGGCACCGCGUCUACCAAUCCAAACGCCAUCUCGAAGCCAUGCUGCCGCCAACAGACAGCACCUACACCUCGGCAUCCGAGACCGUUUCCUGCUCCUCGGCCGUCGGCGGUGCACGUUUCCGACCCGGCGUUGUCUUUCGAGAGAGCGUGCCCUUGUGCACGACUGCGGAAGAUCAUUUCGGCAGCAUUGCGCAGGGCAAGACAGAGCAUGGAAGGGUCGACAACACGGGAGACGUGUCGGCACCGUCCCGCGCGGACUUCUUCGACGUCUUGAAGAAGCGGCGCGCCGAGAAAGAGCGCAGAACUAUCGACGAGCUGAAAGACAUCGUCGUGAACUACCUUACGUUUGAUAGCGCCGGCGGCGGCGACGACGACGACGAUGAUGAUGACGCGCGGCGCCUCCCCAGCAAACAGCACGCUGCCAUGCCGCCAGGAGUGAGCCCAGCCAGUCGCACUCUUGCGUGGCGGCCAGUACGCUAUCUCCAGAUCGACGUCCUUCGCAACAAGAGCGCCAGCGGCAUCGACUGGCAGCUUCUUCCCAAGCCGCUGGCGGCGCCGCCGCGGCCGCCGACGGAGCAGCUCCAACGACACUCUCCGCCGCCCUGCACGGCGAGCAUGACCUUCUGGCUCGCGCUGCGAGACCCCCGCGGCCCCGAGGAGGUGGCCGUCGCCCGGCGGGUGCAGGCCGCGACGUACGCCGUGGGCGCGCGCCGCGCCGCGUGCCCCUACCUGUCCGUCGAGUACCAGGCCGACACGGAGACCGGGCGCGAGGUCAUGGAGCGCCUGGCCGAGACGUGCAGCACGGCGCUGUACAACCGCUUCGUGCUGCACAAGCAGGCAGAGGCGAUGCGGAGAGCCGGUUGCGCGGGCCUGGAAGGUGGUGGUAGUGGAGGUGAUACAAAUACGGAGCACGCGGAGGCCGCGGACGAGGACGGCAGCAGCAGCAGCAUCUACCAUUACUGCAUCGUCAUCGGCUGGGACACAUUCAGCGUUUGGCUGAUUCAACCUGGCGCCGUCGCCGGAGCCGCUUCCACGACGACCAACGCGACCAAUCCCAAUCCCAUCACCCGCAACAAGGCCCCCAACGAGAGGGAGCUCGCCGCUGCUGCAACGACCCGAUCUGCGUCCACCCAGACAAGCAAGUCCGGCGGCACGAGCAGCCGCGCUUCCCAGAAGAGGCCCCAGGAGCCCUUGCCGUCGCAGACCGCCUCGCUCCCUCCCGCGCAUCGCACUGCCGCCGACACCACCGACAAUGCGGCCGGCGGCCUGGCCGGGUCACAGACCAAGUGGCCGGGCGCUCUCAUCACGCGGCUCACGGGCGCCGGCAUCGACGACAUGUCGCGCGACCUGCUGCCGCAGUGGAUCGAGCACAUCCACCGCUGGGGCACGUCCGCGUACGCCGACGCGGUGGUGCGAGACGUCAACUGCGGGCGGAAGCCCCUCGGCGGCGGCGGGCACAUCGACCUUGCUGCGAUGCACCACGGCGCUGGCUUCUUGGCGGCCCUUGGACAGGAUGAACGCCAGGCGUGGGCGUGA